AUGUCACGUAUUCUCUCGGGACUGGAGGAAAACUAUCUCGCAUGUUUUGACGAUAUCGCGGUAUUCGACAAAGACUUCCCUAGCCAUCUAAAUUCUUUACGCAAAGUUUUCUUCCAACUUCGCGACAUCAACAUCAAAGUCUCGGCAGCUUCAUCCGACAUGGAUAUAGAACGUGGAUCUUCCCUGCUUUCUGAAACAAUCGAAGGUGCCGAUCCACAGUCGAUUGCGCUUACACAAUUGACACUUGGCUCGGAUUCUUUGGGAAAGGCAACCCAGUCGCUAGCUCCCCUACCAAACACGAUAACACCUGAUCACUCUCAACCCCCGCACUCUCCAAUUGUUGGCUCUGUUCCAGAUCCCAAGCUUGACGAUUCGACAAAAAUUGGCUAG